CUCGUGGGCCAAACCAGUGCCGGAAUAGUGGGUCUCAUUGUUGGAUACGGCGGGUGUCAGACCGCCUGCAAUGCCGCGUGGGUCGCAUGCCUGGCCACUGCCGGUGUAGUAGCGGGUACAGUGACUGCUGGUGCCGGAGCACCGGCCGCUGUGUUAGCGUCUUCAAGGCGUUUGUAUGGCCAGUUGUGCCGCAGGAUUUCUGUUGGCCCCUACACCUUAGUCUCCCUGGUGUCCACAUAAUGUCAAAUUCUCUAAUAAUUGGAUCCCUUUCUAAGCUUUUUUGUAUUUUGUUUAACUCAUGAUAUUAUUG